AUGAAGAACAACGGUAAAAAUCCUAUUGAUUCUUCAAUUCAUGUCAAUUCUCAUGAAGAUAGUGUAGAUUUCAAUUCUCAUGAAGAAAAUGUAGGUGUUAUGGAGGUUGUGACCUGGGAGAGUAAUGAAGAUUUUGAUGUGGGACUUUCUCCAUUUAAAAAGGUCCAAAAAAACUAUGAAGAAAUUGUUUUGGUAGAAGAUAUUGAAACUCUUGGAAUGGAUGAUACAACAGGAUACAUAUCAAACAAUGAGAUUCAGAAUGAUGAAAAUCUAGAACAAGGCUUAUCAAUAUCACUAGGUGGUACUAAUUGGUAUACUUCUGUAGUCGAAGAAGUUGUCAAGCCCAUUAUCGGAUCUGUGUAUCCGUCAUUGGAUGUAGCAGAAUCGGUAUACCAAAAAUAUGCUGAGACGGCUGGAUUUGAGGUACGACGAUCAAGCCAAAAGAUUAAUUMUGAUGGUGUGAUACAGAAUAAAUACUUUGUAUGUAGUAGGUUUGGUUUGCCAUUGAAAAAGUCAUUUGAUUCGAUAGUAUGCCGUAAACAUCAAAGAGAAGUGCGGAACUCCAAUAUUAAAAGGAUCGGGUGUACAACAUGUGUGAAGUUCCGAUUGAUGAAAGGAACAACAACAUAUGAGUUUUACGGUUCUGAAGAGGAUCACAACCAUUCACUUUUGAGAAACGAUGAUAUGGAUUUGACCAGAAAAGGACGCCAAAUGAAAUUUUCAGAUCAACGAUUUGUUCAUGAUGCCGGAAUCUCAAAUAUGGGUGCCACACGGACUCAUAAGUUGCAUAUAUCUCUAAGAGGAGGGUACGAAUACGGUGGUCCAACGGUUGUCGAUUAUCAAAAAUAUAAGAGGGACUGUGACAAUUUUGUCGGUCGUGGUGAUGCAAAGGUCUUGGUUGAUUUGAUGACCAAGAAGAGGGAUGCAGAUCAUAAUUUCCUUUUCGAACAUUCCAUGGUUUUUGUGCCCUUCACUGCGGUUGACAAUCAUAAUUGCAACGUCAUUGUUGGAUCGGCUUUGGUUAGACAUGAGCAUGUUCCAAAUUACAAGUGGCUACUCCAAGCAUUUCGGAAAGCACAUUCGAAACCCCCUAUGAUGAUUCUUACCGACCAAUGUUCUGUAAUGAAGCAAGCAAUUGCAUCAGUCUUUCCGGAUUCAAGGCACAGGCUUUGUAUUUGGCACAUCAUGAAUAAAGUUCCCAACAAGUUUAGUUACGAUCUUCUUAAUAACACCACGUUUAAGAAACAAUUUUUCAAGCUCGUAUGGAACAUUCACAUAUCACCUGAUGRGUUUGAGAGUAGAUGGAUGGUUCUUAUCGAGGAGUUCUCCCUUCAAGAUCAUGCAUGGUUGAAAGAUAUCUUUGCUCUAAGAUCCCAAUGGAUACCCGCGUAUUUUAGAGAGCUUACAAUGUGUUGCCUCAUGAAGAAACAUCCAGGUCGGAAAUUUAUGUUGGGGUUUGAAUUUGCCUUGGAGAAACAACGUCGGGAGCAACGUCGUCUUGAUUAUCACACGAGAACUACCUUACCUAAAUGGUUUACCUAUAGCAAGCUGGAGAGGCAUGCUUGUGAGAUUUACAUGUGUUCUGUAUUUUUUGAGGGGCAAACCGAGAUACACAGGGCUGCCUGGACAUGUUCAAUUAAGAGUAUCAAUUCAAAUGAGGAAGCUGAAACAUAUUUAACUGAAAAUUUAGACAAAAGAGAUGUGAAAAUAGCAGAGUAUAAGGUUGUUCGUAAGUUGAAGGAGUCUACCAUUGUUUGUAGUUGCAAUCACAUCGGUCGUCAUGGUUAUUUAUGCAGACAUGUGUUCAAAGUUUUGCUAAACGUCGGUGUUGAAUCUAUACCUGAAGAAUACAUUUUGAUAAGAUGGAGACGUGACCUUAUACCUAUUGAACUUCAAAACAGCCGUCAAAUAAUAUGCGACGUAGGCGAGGAUCAACGCAGAAUAAAACGAUACAUAUGA